ACAUCGGGUGUAGUGAGGGGUCAGACGAUAGAUGUGUUGAACGUAAGUAUUGACCAGUUUUUGAGUAUACCUUAUGCCGAACCACCCGUCGGGAGACUCCGGUUCGCCAAACCUGAACCCAUCAGCACUCCUAUUGAGCCAUUCAUCGAUGGUCGAGUGCCGGGCAAAUCAUGUGUGCAAAAAUAUGUGCCACAAUUCUUCUACGACAAGGUUGGAAACAUCAUCCAAAGCGAGGACUGUCUGGUGUUGAACGUGUGGACCCCUACGGCCCGUACCGGUGACCGACAGAAAGCGGCCCUAAAACCGGUCAUGUUUUGGAUAUAUGGCGGGGGUUUUGCUAUUGGGUCCAUAUUUCAACACCAAUACAACGCUAGUCUAUUGGCAGCACACGAUGUGGUGGUUGUGUCCGUCAACUAUAGGUUAGGACCGUUUGGUUGGCUAUACGGGGAUCGGGAGGACGCGCCCGGAAAUGUCGGCUUUUAUGACCAGUUAUUGGCUCUCAAAUGGGUUAGAGAAAACAUCCAUAUGUUUGGCGGAGAUAAGGAUCAGAUUACUAUAUUUGGUGAGAGCGCCGGCAGUUGGUCGGGAUCGGCACAUAUCAUAUCGCCGUUAAGUAAAGGCCUAUUCAAACGGGUUAUUAUGCAAAGCGGUGCCCAUUAUUACAACCCGGAUAGGGAUCCGGUCAACACAACUGAAGCCCUAUUUAUGGCCAAACAAUUUGCAAAAAGCAUGAACUGUACGGACGAACAGAAAUGGUUGGACUGUUUGCGUGGUAUCGACGCCCAGGCGUUGAUCAAAGGGUUUGAUACAAAUGUCCAGAUAUUCCCGAUUCUGGGCACAGAAUUUCUGCCAAUGAGUGCUCAGCAAGCGUUCAAACAAGUGUCGUUUAAUAAAGACCUGGAUAUCAUGGCCGGUGUUGAACGCAAUGAAGGCUCAGUAAUAAUGCAACCCUUAGUGAUAUCCAACCCUACUGUCCAAGACUUUACUCAAUUGGUAUCCAUUGUGGGCUCAGUUUAUCACAAUUACGAUAUCAAACGUAUCGUAGAUUUCUAUACAAAAUCUAUCGACACAAACAAUUCCGAUGCCAUCCUAUGGGCUGAAUAUAACUUUUUCAGUGACGUAACGAUGAUAUGCCCGACCUAUAGGUUCGCCAAAGCAUACGGCCAGUUGUCGGGCACCGGGAGUGUGUACUUCUAUGACCAGACAUACGCCCGACAGUCGUAUUUAAAUGAGACACUCUAUGGUGUGACACACUUUGCGGACAUUGACUUUGUGUUUGGUUUACCACUACUGGAGCCGUCAGUCACUGACACAGCAAUUGAUAGACAAUUUAGUCUACAAGUGAUGAAAUGGUGGACAGAUUUUGCUAAAUAUGGCCGACCGGACCCUAAAUGGCCUAAACUUAUUGGCGAUAAACCGGGUGUUAAACUAGUGUCAAAAGUUAGAGAAAACAUCCAUAUGUUUGGCGGAGAUAAGGAUCAGAUUACUAUAUUUGGUGAGAGCGCCGGCAGUUGGUCGGGAUCGGCACAUAUCAUAUCGCCGUUAAGUAAAGGCCUAUUCAAACGGGUUAUUAUGCAAAGCGGUGCCCAUUAUUACAACCCGGAUAGGGAUCCGGUCAACACAACUGAAGCCCUAUUUAUGGCCAAACAAUUUGCAAAAAGCAUGAACUGUACGGACGAACAGAAAUGGUUGGACUGUUUGCGUGGUAUCGACGCCCAGGCGUUGAUCAAAGGGUUUGAUACAAAUGUCCAGAUAUUCCCGAUUCUGGGCACAGAAUUUCUGCCAAUGAGUGCUCAGCAAGCGUUCAAACAAGUGUCGUUUAAUAAAGACCUGGAUAUCAUGGCCGGUGUUGAACGCAAUGAAGGCUCAGUAAUAAUGCAACCCUUAGUGAUAUCCAACCCUACUGUCCAAGACUUUACUCAAUUGGUAUCCAUUGUGGGCUCAGUUUAUCACAAUUACGAUAUCAAACGUAUCGUAGAUUUCUAUACAAAAUCUAUCGACACAAACAAUUCCGAUGCCAUCCUAUGGGCUGAAUAUAACUUUUUCAGUGACGUAACGAUGAUAUGCCCGACCUAUAGGUUCGCCAAAGCAUACGGCCAGUUGUCGGGCACCGGGAGUGUGUACUUCUAUGACCAGACAUACGCCCGACAGUCGUAUUUAAAUGAGACACUCUAUGGUGUGACACACUUUGCGGACAUUGACUUUGUGUUUGGUUUACCACUACUGGAGCCGUCAGUCACUGACACAGCAAUUGAUAGACAAUUUAGUCUACAAGUGAUGAAAUGGUGGACAGAUUUUGCUAAAUAUGGCCGACCGGACCCUAAAUGGCCUAAACUUAUUGGCGAUAAACCGGGUGUUAAACUAGUGUCAAAAGUGAAGGAUUUAAGUCCACACAAUUUGUACUAUUAUUUUGAGGAUCUGUUCGCUAAGACUUGCGAU